AUGAGAUUGAUCUGGCUGCAGCUCCUGGCUGCUGGGGGAGCUCUCUACCUGGCCAUCGGUUGUGCAACCGCCACCAAGGCAUCCACAAGCCGCGGAGUUGCACAAUACAAGCUCCCGCUCCCAGCUCCACAGCCAGCCGACGAAACGGCGGCGGUUUCAGGAGCGGAUCAGCAGCAGGGUAAGCAGAGUGCAUCCAACCAGCGGAGGCGCACUCAGGUCGUCCGGCGGCGCAGGCCUGCCUCCUCCUCCACAACAACCACCUCCACCAGUAGCACCACCACCACCACCACCACCACCACCACCUCCACCACCACAACAACUUCGACCACAACUCCGCGUCCCAGUUUGGCCAACGGCUUCAACUUCUUCAAUCCGAACUUCUGGAGCUUCGGCCAGCAGAGUCUGGUGGCAGUGCGUCCGCCCACCAAGCAGCCCCAUCCGCCCAAGAAAUUCAGUCCCAAGGAGGAUAAGUCCAGCCAGCGAAAGCCGGUGAAGACGACCAGGAAACCUGUGGAUCAAAGAACUACUACGACGAUGAGACCUUCAAGAAGGACCUCCACAACAACGACAGCAACCACUACAACCCUAAAACCCUCAACGGAUGGACCUUUUCGAAUUGCCCUGCCUACCCUGAAUUUUCCCAGCGAUGAGAAGAAUAGGGAAAACGACAAGGAGAAGGGCAAACGGGCGGCUGCCGAGCUUCGGUUGAGGUUCGAUUGCCCGCGGGAGAACGAGGUGAGGUUCCAGCUCUUCCCCAAGAUUUGCAAGGCGGAUCGGGACUGCGCCGUGUGGCAGCGGGAUGAGCUGUGCUGCGAUAUCUUCGGAGCCAGCAGCUGCGUCUCGGGGGUUCCCAAGCCUCUGGAGGAGACUCCACAUGCUCCCAUCUUGGGUCUGAUACCUCGCAAAUGCCCCAGUAGACCGCUGGCGGAACUCUGGUGGGAUGUCCAGGAGUGUACCACGGACAUGGACUGCUGGCCUCGGGUCUGUUGCCCGGAUGGAAGGAGAAGAUACUGCCGCACAUCGCAGCCAGAGCUCGAAACAGCUCCAGUGCCAGUGAAGCGCUCCUUCGACUACCUUACGGAAUAUCUGGAGUGCACGGCACCACCUCCGCCCAUUUUUGACCUUCAUCCCAAGGCGUGCACCUCCACAUUGGACUGCUUUCCGAAUGUCUGCUGCCAGGAGGCGGGUCUGCGGCACUGCCGUCCGCCCAAGAAGUCCGUGCUCACACUGAUGGCCAACUUCCUGAACGUGGACUUUGUGAAGCGACUGGCCCAGAACAUCGUUAUCAAGUAGGCCGCGAAUUUCCCACUAUUUUUUCCACCUUGUGUGCUGUGUGCGUCGAGCGCCUUCAAUAGAACCAUUUCGAAACUGCCGUGAUAUCUCGCCCACAUUUGUUUGGCCACGCUGAUAACCAAAAAGAAGACAAGCCCACACAUACGUUUCAUAUACUUAUACUGCGCACUUGGGGUACACCCAAUCGAUUCGUCGUAAUCCUCCAUUAAUGUUCACCUAGCCUAGUAUUAGACAUAAGCUGCAUUCAUAGGCUAACAAAGUAAAUGCGAACCAUACUAUAAA